ACCUUGUGCAACAUUGCUGCAAACUGCAAUCACAUGAGAACACAUGAAACAUAAAUUAUAAUUUCUUCACAACUGUCCUGGCGAGUUCCUUCUAUAUGUACACCUGCCUUUUGCAUUCUGUGGGGGUAACGGAAUAUUUUGGAACUGAAACUGUCCAGGAACUGUAAUGUAAGGACAUUUGAAGACACGCAUGCGUGAACCAUUUCUUGAUAUUUCCUCACGUGGGGACUCGUUCAGUGUGUCAAAUCCACGCUCAAAGAAGUCUGUGCUCAACAUUGCAAGGUCUCUCACAUAAAUGGCUUUCAGGAAAUUCCUUCCCAUGUUUGACCGGGUGCUGGUGGAGCGUCUGGCUGCGGAGACUAUGUCAAAGGGGGGCAUCAUGUUGCCAGAGAAGGCCCAAGGCAAGGUUCUGCAGGCCACAGUGGUGGCAGUGGGACCAGGCUCCACAAACCAGGAUUUCUACAAUUGGCCAGAUGAAUCCUUUGAGGAGAUGGACAGCACUCUGGCUGUACAACAGUACAUUCAGCAGAACAUCCGGUCAGACUGCUCGAACAUCGAUAAGAUCCUGGAGCCUCCAGAGGGACAGGACGAGGGAGUGUGGAAGUACGAGCACCUCAGGCAAUUCUGUCUGGAGCUGAAUGGACUAGCUGUGAAACUGCAGAGUGAGUGCCACCCAGACACCUGCACGCAGAUGACUGCCACAGAGCAGUGGAUCUUCCUAUGUGCUGCACACAAAACCCCCAAAGAGUGUCCUGCCAUUGACUACACUAGGCACACGCUGGACGGAGCUGCCUGCCUUCUCAACAGCAACAAGUAUUUCCCCAGCCGUGUGAGCAUCAAGGAGUCCUCUGUAGCCAAGCUGGGCUCUGUGUGUCGCCGUAUCUAUAGGAUAUUCUCUCAUGCCUAUUUCCACCAUCGCCAGAUAUUCGACAAGUAUGAGAAUGAGACGUUCCUGUGCCAUCGGUUCACACGCUUCGUGAUGAAGUACAACCUGAUGUCCAAGGACAACCUGAUCGUUCCUAUCCUGGAGGAGGAGGUCCAGAACGCUUCAGCUGGGGAGAGCGAGGCCUGAGAGGAGAGCUGCACACAGGAGACCAGACGUGUAUUCAAAUACUGCUUGAUUGAGCUUGCCUGUUGCAAUGGAACCAAGAGAAGUCCCACAUGUGCAAACCCCACCCAUCUGGCACUCUAAAGCAAAUGCUCAAAGUAUUUGAAAGAUUUCAGAUAGUAGUUGAACCAAUGAUUUUUAUAUACACUAGACUGACAGGGGGCUCUGUUUUGAAGCCACCGCACCUCCCAUCUUGGCAUUGUACGAAAAUGUCUACACUUGUUUUUGCCACAGCUACAUGCAUAAUUUGUAGUUGUGUGAGCUAAAAGUAAAUAAAUGUAAUUUUAAACAUCCUUAAAAGUACUAAUGUUACUGGCCCCGCUACAACAACAAUACUUAAAUGUAAUUUUGUCCUUGAAACAUUCAAGUGGAAUUCCUUUAAUUCCUAUGGACUGCCAAUAUGGCCAACCGGUGGCUUCAAAGCUUCUCAUUAGCCAAUGCAUAGCAUCAGCAAUCCAGAUUUUAUAUACAUCAUUGAUUUGAACCCAGGUCUGAAACAGCUGCACACAGGCUCUCACUACUUGCUUUAACAUUUUAAGCACCUGGAUUUGCGCAACCUACAUAAAACCAUAAUGUGUUGAUGACAAAGGCACACACUCA